UUUUGAAUAAAAAUUUAUUCACGUGAUAUGGAUAACGAAGAAUUUGAAACUAAGAAAGAUAUUGAAAUUAUAAUUCCUCCAGAAGCAGAGGAUAAAGCAGAAAAAUUUAUAGAGAACGAUGAUGCAAAAGAUCAUAUGAAAGCAAUUGAUGAAAUAGAAAAAUAUGUGAAAACGACCGAUGAUACAAAAGAGCAUAUGAAACAUAGGAAAUCAAUUGAUUAUAUUUUUGUUUCUCAAUACAUGUAUGAUACUGACAAUGAAGAAUAUGAUCCAACUCUCGAUGCUUAUGUUGUUACUUUUAGUAAAAAUGAUAAUUCAAUUCUUGGAUGGCGCGUCAACGUUGAAAAGGGUGAACAACCACCCGACAAUGUUUACUUUCAACAUGAUCGACUUAAAGAGCUCGACAAAAUAGAAUCAUUUAUACUAUGUAAAAAAAUAUUGGUAUUAUUUUAUCGUACGAAGGGAAAUGAUAGAAGUCAUUGUAGUUAUUAUCGAUUUAAAUAAUAAUCGUGCUAGUGAUCGAUUUCUUAAGCUAAAGAAUGAUUAUGUUAAUUAUGUUAAUGAAAAUUCUAUUGGAUUCCUUCCGAAUGGUGAUUUAAUUCAAGCGAAAGUUUAUAAUAAUCGCAAUAACUGCAAAAUUUACAAGUAUUGUUUUACAAAUAAGCCAAAUAAUA